AUGUGGAACCCGCUGCAGGACAGUGACUCCGUGGUGGGCCCUGGACGCCGCCAGCGCUGGCUCUGCGUCGGAACUCUGGUCCUGGCUUUUUCCGGAAUCUUCAUUGUUGGCUUCGUCUUUGGGUGGUUUAUAAAAUCUUCCAGUGAAUCGACUAAUAUUGUUUCCCAUCCUGGCAUGAAGAAGGCAUUUUUGCAUGAAUUGAAGGCUGAGAACAUCAAAACAUUUUUAUAUAAUUUCACACGGACACCACACUUGGCAGGAACAGUACACAAUUUUGAGCUUGCAAAGCAAAUUCAUGCCCAGUGGAAAGAAUUUGGCCUGGAUUCGGUUGAGUUGUCCCAUUAUGAUGUGCUGUUAUCCUACCCAAAUAAGACUCAACCCAACUACAUCUCAAUAAUUGAUGAAGAUGGAAAUGAGAUUUUCAACACGUCAUUAUCUGAACUGCCACCUCCAGGCUAUGAGAACAUCUCAGAUGUAGUGCCACCUUUCAGUGCCUUCUCUCCACCAGGGAUGCCAGAGGGGGAUCUAGUGUAUGUUAACUAUGCACGAACUGAAGACUUCUUUAAACUGGAACGGGACAUGAAGAUUAAUUGUUCUGGAAAGAUUGUGAUCGCCAGAUAUGGGAAAGUGUUCAGAGGAAAUAAGGUUAAAAAUGCUCAACUGGCAGGUGCGAAAGGAGUCAUUCUGUACUCAGAUCCUGCUGACUACUUUGUUCCUGGGGUGAAGUCUUAUCCAGAUGGCUGGAACCUCCCUGGAGGUGGUGUCCAACGUGGGAAUGUCUUAAAUCUUAAUGGUGCAGGUGACCCCCUCACACCAGGUUACCCAGCCAAUGAAUAUGCUUAUAGGCGUGAUUUAACAGAAGCGGUUGGACUUCCAAGUAUUCCUGUCCAUCCAAUUGGAUAUGAUGAUGCACAGAAACUCCUAGAACACAUGGGUGGCCCAGCACCCCCUGACAGCAGCUGGAAGGGAGGGCUCAAAGUGCCUUACAAUGUGGGACCUGGCUUUGCUGGAAACUUUUCAACACAAAAAGUCAAGCUUCACAUACACUCCUACAGUAAAGUGACAAGAAUCUAUAAUGUCAUUGGCACCCUCAAAGGAGCUGUGGAACCAGACCGAUAUGUCAUUCUUGGAGGUCACCGAGAUGCCUGGGUCUUCGGUGGAAUUGACCCUCAGAGUGGAGCAGCUGUUGUUCAUGAAAUUGUGAGGAGCUUUGGAACACUGAAGAAGGAAGGAUGGAGGCCUAGAAGAACGAUUCUGUUUGCAAGUUGGGAUGCAGAAGAAUUUGGCCUUCUUGGUUCUACUGAGUGGGCAGAGGAACAUUCCAGACUCCUCCAAGAACGUGGUGUGGCUUAUAUUAACGCUGAUUCUUCCAUAGAAGGAAACUAUACUCUAAGAGUCGAUUGCACACCACUGAUGCACAGCUUAGUGUACAACCUAACAAAAGAGCUGCAAAGCCCGGAUGAAGGAUUUGAAGACAAAUCUCUUUAUGACAGCUGGAGAGAAAGGAGUCCUUCACCAGAAUUCAGUGGAAUGCCCAGGAUUAGCAAGCUGGGGUCUGGCAAUGAUUUUGAAGUGUUUUUCCAAAGACUUGGAAUUGCUUCAGGCAGAGCACGAUACACUAAAAAUUGGAAAACAAACAAAUUCAGAAGCUAUCCACUCUAUCACAGUGUCUAUGAAACAUACGAGUUGGUGGAAAAAUUUUAUGAUCCAACAUUUAAAUAUCACCUCACUGUGGCCCAGGUUCGAGGAGGGCUGGUGUUUGAACUGGCCAAUUCUUUAGUGCUUCCCUUUGACUGUCAGGAUUAUGCUGUAGCUCUGAAAAGGCAUGCUGAAAAUAUCUACAACAUUUCAAUGAAACAUCCACAAGAGAUGAAGAAAUAUAUGGUAUCAUUUGAUUCACUGUUUUCUGCAGUAAAUAAUUUUACAGAGAUUACAUCUGAAUUCAACAAGAAACUUCAAGACUUAGACAAAAGCAACCCUAUAUCACUGAGAAUUAUGAAUGACCAGCUGAUGUAUCUGGAACGUGCCUUUAUUGAUCCUUUAGGGUUACCAGGCAGGUCUUUCUACAGGCAUAUCAUCUACGCUCCAAGCAGCCACAACAAGUAUGCAGGAGAGUCAUUCCCAGGGAUUUAUGAUGCUCUUUUUGAUAUUGAUAGCAAAGUGGACCCUUCCAAGGCCUGGAGAGAAGUGAAGAGACAGAUUUCUAUUGCAGCCUUCACAGUGCAAGCUGCAGCAGAGACUUUGAGAGAAGUAGCCUAAGGGUACUUCAGAGAAUCCAUAUUGAGUAGGGAUGAUUAUUAGGAGGACCUGCAUAGAAAAAUAAAUGUUUGAGAUUUUAUGAUUAUGUGUAAUAUCUGUAUGUAUAUGUAUAUAUAUUCCUUUUCUUUUUCCUUGUGGUUCAAAAAAAGAAAAAUGGAUAAAUAUUUUAUAUUUUAUUUUUAGAAUAUAUUUCUGAAAUUUGAAAUUUAAUUAUUAAAACCAAAGUGAACAGUGCAAUAUAGCAAAAACAUUUACCUGACAUUAGCAGAUAGUUAUCAGAAACCUAAUACAGCAUGUAACCCUGUCAUUUCAAUGUAAACAAGCAUCAUUUCAUUAUGGAAUACACCUGGGACAGUGUACAAAGCUGCUCCAUCCAGAGGCUUAGGUGCUGCCUGACCAAACACUAGCUGAGAGACUAGCUGAUGAUUUCUGAUCUAUUCAUAGUUCUAAUAAACCUUAUCACUCUGCAUUAUAAAGCACGAUUAGUUAUACUUAAUAAAAAUUUCACUUUAUUAAAAUUAUGUACAGCAUACUAGUAUAGUUAAUAAUUAGUUAACAUGUGCAAUCUCAGUAAUCAUA